AUGUCUGCCUCUACCAUCCCCCAAACCCAAACGGCCAUCAUUGCCGGCCCAGCGGGCGAAUUCAUGGUCUCAAACGAUGUCAAGGUUCCUGCUCUCUUGCCCGGGGAAAUUAUCAUCAAGACUGCCGCGGUGGCCUUGAACCCUGUCGAUACAAAGCUCAUUGGCGACUUCGUGACUCCUGGUGUCAUGUUCGGCUUUGACUGUGCGGGCACAGUUCUGGCCGUUGCAGAUGACGUGACCCUCUUCAAGGUCGGAGACCGAGUAUGCGGGUCCGCCAGUGGAAUGAACAAAAAGAAGCCGCUGUGCGGUUCAUUUGCCCAAUAUGUUAAGCUUCAAGCCAAUUUGUCCUUGGGUGUGCCUGAAAACAUGUCCAUUACUGAUGCGGCUUCAAUGGGCACUUCGAUCGCUUCGGCUGCCAUGUGUCUGUUUUGGUCACUGAAGUGGCCUGGAAACCUCUUGGAAGGACCCAAGGAGGGAGAUGAGCCCAAGCCUCCUGUUCUGGUCUACGGUGGAAGUACAUCCACCGGAACCAUGGUUCUACAGCUGCUGAAAUUGUGCGGAUUCCCUACAAUCGCAACAUGCUCUCCCCACAAUUUCGACUUCGUCAAGUCCUACGGCGCGGACGUGGUGUACGACUACAAGACCCCCGAUUGUGCGGCCAAGAUCCGCGCUGACACCAACAACGAGCUGGAAUUCAUUAUCGACUGUUUCGCGGAGGACUCCUCCAUGCGAUUCUGCUACGCUGCCAUGGGACGCGCGGGCGGCAAGUACGUGGCGCUGAACCCAUUCAGCGAGCACUUGCAUAACCGCAAGGUCAUCGAGCCGGACUGGAUUCUUGCUACCCGUAUCAACGGUGAUGGUUCUAGCUGGCCUCCUCCAUUUCAAUGCCCUGAUGACCUUAGCAUUUUGGAUGUUUCCCUUCCCCUAUAUGAGGUCUUCCAAAAACUAUUGGAUGAUGGCAAGCUCCGUCCUCACACCGUGAAGCUGGAAGCUGGUGGUCUGGGUGGAAUUCCAGAGGGAGUUCAAAAGAUUCGCAGCGGAGAGAUCAGUGGUGUCAAGCUUGUCUACUCCCUUGCUUGA